CAAAUUCUGAGUCUUUCCUCUCAUUCACGAAAUCCCCGAUCUAAAUUAAUAAAGUUCUGUCCUUUUCGGAUUAGAUUAUCUCCACGGCAAACCGCCAAAGACAAAAUCUUCCUUCACCUUAAGGGUCUCGUUUCUGUUUUCCCUUUUUGUCGGAGAAUUCGCCUUUUUGUUUUUUUUUUUUUGCGUGGCAGAGAGAACAAUCCAUAGAUCCGUGGAGGAGUUAUCGGAGGUGAUUUAAGGGUCGCCGUGAAUGGCGUUUACGUGGGGAUCUGCUCUCCGGAUUUCAGUUCUUUUGAUCCUUGUAGCUGCAAUUGUCUUAGCUUGCUAUUUUCUCCCCGUCGAACAGCUACUGAAGGAUUUUUUGUUAUGGGUUGAACAAGAUCUAGGGCCGUGGGGACCUCUUGCCUUAGCCGUUGCGUACAUUCCCCUAACAGUUUUGGCUGUUCCUGCCUCUGUUCUAACGAUCGGUGGUGGCUAUCUUUUUGGGCUGCCAAUUGGUUUUGUGGCAGACUCGAUCGGUGCUACACUUGGCUCAGGAGCAGCCUUUCUUCUAGGCCGUACGAUUGGGAAACCUUUUGUAGUUGCAAAAUUGAAAGACUAUCCUCAGUUUCAAUCAGUGGCACUUGCGAUUGAGAAAUCAGGUUUCAAGAUAUGCUUGUUGCUCCGGCUUGCUCCUCUUCUCCCCUUCAGCAUGUUGAACUACCUCUUAUCUGUAACGCCUAUAACGCUGGGUCCGUACUUGCUUUCUUCUUGGUUAGGAAUGAUGCCAAUAACACUUGCGUUAGUGUAUGCUGGAACAACACUAAAAGAUCUUUCUGAUGUGACUCACAAGUGGAGCGAGUUCUCUAUAGGUCGCUGGGCGUUCUUGAUUUCGAGCCUUGUAAUAUCUGUGAUAUUAAUGGUGUGUGUCACUAAGGUGGCGCAGAACGCACUUAGAAAAGCUUUAGCAGAGCACGGAGGAGACCUGAACGAAGCGGUUGCAGCCUCGCCCGAGCUGAACGAUACGGCCGAUACUCCUGCUGAUUUGAAUGAGCCUCUGUUGAUAAAGAUAGAGCCUCAAUCACCUCAAGAGCAAGAAACCAAUAGUCACUAAAGAAGCUACUGGGUUAAUUACAUUGUACAAUAAUCUUACAAAAUACAAAAGCUUAGGUUCUUUGGAGUCAGCCCGUUAAUGCACAGAUAAAAUAAUAUGGUCGCUCUAGUUUUUCGAUUUCUUGGUUUUGUAUAAUAACAGAGACUAAUAAAUUAUUCAAAACAUGUCUUUUUUUUUUUUCUUCUUAGCUAAGAGAUGUAAUUACAAGUACAACUUAGUUU